GAGAUCGUCGCGAGCUUUUCGAUCGCCCGACGUCUCAGCCAGUCGCGGUUAAACUCGCCAGUUGAGCACGCACCGAGCAAACUUCACGUCAAGGCAUUUGCGCCCGAGUAGUCACCACAUCUUAACUAUCUCAACCUCUAAACUCUAUCCCGUAGAAUAAAAACAAGCCGCUACCAUGGACGCGAUUAAGAAGAAGAUGCAGGGAAUGAAGCUGGAGAAGGACAAUGCGAUGGAUCGUGCAUUGCUCUGUGAACAACAAGCUCGCGACGCUAAUGCGCGUGCAGAAAAGGCUGAGGAGGAGGCCCGUGCACUCCAAAAGAAGAUCCAGACUAUCGAGAACGAGCUGGAUCAGACUCAAGAAGCACUCAUGCAGGUCAAUGCCAAGCUUGAGGAAAAGGAUAAGGCCCUCCAAAAUGCCGAGUCCGAGGUCGCUGCUCUUAACCGGCGCAUUCAGCUUCUCGAGGAGGACCUCGAAAGAUCAGCCACUGCCAAAUUGGCCGAAGCCUCUCAGGCUGCCGAUGAGAGUGAACGUGCCCGGAAGAUCCUUGAGAACCGCAGCUUGGCGGAUGAGGAGCGCAUGGACGCCCUGGAAAAUCAAUUGAAAGAGGCCCGUUUCCUUGCUGAAGAGGCCGACAAGAAAUAUGAUGAGGUCGCCCGUAAAUUGGCCAUGGUCGAAGCCGAUCUGGAGCGUGCUGAGGAACGCGCCGAAGCUGGCGAAUCAAAAAUCGUUGAAUUAGAGGAAGAACUACGUGUUGUCGGCAACAACCUUAAAUCUCUUGAAGUGUCGGAGGAAAAGGCCAAUCAACGUGAGGAAGAGUACAAGAACCAAAUUAAAACCCUGACAACUCGUCUAAAGGAGGCUGAGGCCCGCGCUGAGUUCGCCGAAAGAUCCGUGCAGAAACUCCAGAAAGAAGUCGACAGGCUCGAAGACGAGCUCGUGCACGAGAAGGAAAAGUACAAAUACAUCUGUGACGACUUGGAUCUCACUUUCACCGAAUUGGUUGGUUAAGACGAGUUUAUUACAAAUACCAUCGACAAGAAAAGAGCAACAACCAAACAAAAUGUAUAUCACAAAAUCGCCCGAAUACGUCAAUCAUUGAAGAAAUGAAGAAACUUAUCAAACGGCAGAUCAACGAUCACAUAUUAUUUUUGGCUACUUUUCAUUAUUAUUGUUAUUACAUGUAAUAUUAUAAUUAAAAGAUAACGUAUUGUAAGUACGAAUUUGCGUGAUUUGCCCAUCAA